AUGGAGACACAUCACAGAAUGAGUCAUCCCAAUGAUGGCCGUAUACAAGCUGGAGCAAGCAAUGACGUUGAACUUUACAGCAUGGACUCAAAUCAAAGUGCUCCUAAUGUACAGUCAAUUUACUCCGACGUAGAGGGUAUGUCCAUCCACUCUAAAGGGCUUAAUCAGACUGGUUCUUUGGGCACUGGGGUCUUGAAAAGUGUCUCUCAUUUAUGGAAGACUGUUACUGGAGAAGGUGCGCCCGAGGAAGACACAUCUCCAAAACAGCUGAAUGAACUGCUGGUGUCAAGAUUUGAUUUGGGUGAUGCCAUACGAUACCAGACGAACGACGAUGACUUUUCACAUGACAGUGACGAGGACGUGGAGGCAACGAGAAAUCACGUCCAUCCAAAUAAAAAAGAGUACGAUGUAGAGUCCAUCAAGGACGCUUUUGAAGAUAGAAGCGACGCUAGCGACGUAGAGACUUUACGGAAAGUAUUUACGAAUAAAUCCACGGGACAACUGGAACUGCCGCCGGAUAAGGGCUAUGCCUGGGUGGUUGUAUUCUCUGUCUUCUUGGUAAUGUUCAACACUUGGGGGUGUAAUGCUGCAUUUGGAGUCUUCUUGUCGUUUUUCCUGUCUAAUGGGACCUUUAAGGGGGCUACAAAAUACGACUAUGCAUUGAUUGCUGGCUUGCCAGUCGCAUUGGGCCAAGGGUUGGCACCACUCUCCAUGAUAACUAUGCGUAUCAUUGGUAUCAAACAAACGAUGCUUGUUGGGACUGCCAUUAUGCUAACGGGCUUCCUUUGGGCCUCAUUUGCAAAAGAGCUGUGGGAGUUGUACGUCUCUCAGGGUGUAUUUAUAGGGUUAUCACUGGCAUUAAUUGCAAUUCCACCAACAACUUGUCUUCCAGGCUGGUUUUUAAAGAAGCGAGCGAUGUCCAUGGGCCUAUCACUAUUAGGAACGGGACUCGGUGGAUUAACCUUUGGAUUGGCGACAAACAAAAUGAUUUCAGAUAAUGGUAACACAAGGUGGUGUUACAGAAUGCUAGCCAUCACUUGUACAAGUGCUGUCAUGGUAUCGAUUGCUUUAGUUAAGGAGAGAAUUCCUGUAAAACCGGUUGGGUUUAGGUCUAGAAAGGCAAUACUCAAUGAAUUCCGGAGGGUCUUUGACGUCAAUGUCAUUCGGAGGCCGCAAGUAAUCCUGGUGGGAUUCUGGUUCGUUUUGGCAAUUUUUGCGUACUGUUUGAUGGUUUUCACGCUCUCAGCAUAUGCCGUCGCUCGUGGCAUGUCGCAACAUCAAGGUUCCAUACUGACUUCGAUCCUGAAUGCGGGACAGACUGUUGGUAGACCGUCCAUCGGGUUUGCUGGGGACAGAUUCGGGAGAAUAAAUGUCACCUCAAUUUUAACGUUUGUUCUUUGCAUCUUUAUGUUUGCAUUCUGGAUCCCGGCAAAUAGCUUCAUUCAGUUAAUAUUCUUCUCAAUCAUGGUCGGCUGUUGUGUUGGUGUUGCUAAUGUAAUGAAUACUGUGUUGAUUGCCGAUAUGGUGGCUCCUCACGAAUUUUUGCCAGCCUGGGCUUUUGUUAACUAUUCCGGCAUUGGACUCUUUCUAACCUGCGAACUGAUUGCUCAAGCUUUGGUUGACCCAUCCCGCAAAUCAAAUCCGUAUCUUCACACACAAAUUUUCACAGGCUGUUGCUUUGUUGGUGCUUUACUGCUGAGUUUGGUGUUGAGAGAGCUUUCAGUCCAUAAGAGAACUGUGGGAGAGUAUACAACUCUGAAGGAUAAAUUGGAACCAGCAACCUCAACAAAUGCGUCAUUGACAACCACUACAGAAAAAGUAGAAAGGAAAAGGGAAAGAUGCGAAUGGCUCUUGGGACCUGGGGCAAGAAAAUACUUUCGCAGAAUGUUUUACCGCACCAAAAUAUAA